CGAACCAGACUCAGAACCGGCCCCAGAACCAGUCUCAGAGCCGGCCCCACAACUUGUCCCUGAGCUGGCCCCGGAGCCGGCCCCAGAAUCUGUCCCAGAGCCAACCCUAGACUUGGCCUCAGAACUGGCCCUAGAACCAGCCCCAGAACCUGCCAUGGAGAGGGCCCCAGAGUCCUGGCCAGAGCCAACUCCAGAGUCCUGUCUAAAGAUGAGUCCAGCACUACAUCUGUUGCAGGUAGUUCCUGGAGAGAAAAGUGGAACGACAUCUCCAGUGCUAUUGCCAUUGCCGUCGCCCAAACCGCCAAUAACGUGGUCCAGAAUAAAGAAAAUACUGAAGGAAGGACCCCUGCUGAAGAACUGUAACUCCUUCAGAAGAUGGAAGCUUAGAUACUGUCUGGUUCAAGGGCAGAAGCUCCACUUUGCACACCAUCCUUCGUUUGCACACUUUGAAACAAUUGAUCUGUCUCAAGUUGUCUUGGCUGAAAGUAGCUGCAGAAAUCUUUGCCACGGUUUUUGUGUUAUCACACCACAUCGAAAAGUAUCUCUAGUUGCACCCACUCGGCAAGACAUGGAAGAAUGGAUUAACAUCAUAAAAACCGUCCAACAAGGAGAAAUCUGUCAGAUCCCUGCAGCCGAAAACAACCCCUUUCUUGUCGGAAUGCACUACUGGUAUUCCAGUAAUAAUCCCCGGAGUCAGUUCUGCAAUGUUUGUCGAGAGAACAUUCCUGCUUUAUCUCGAGAUGCCGUCACCUGUGAAGUCUGUCAGGUGAAAUCUCAUAAAUUCUGUGCUUUGAGAGCAAACAAAGACUGUAAAUGGAAUACUUUAUCCGUGACUGAUGACCUUCUUCUACCCGCUGAUGAAAUACAAACAAUGCCGCAUCAGUGGGUAGAAGGAAAUAUACCCGCUGGCUCUCAAUGUGUCGUAUGUCACAAGAGCUGCGGUAGUCAUCACAGACUUCAGGAUUUCCGCUGCCUCUGGUGCGGCUCUACGGUGCACGGGGCCUGCCAGAAGCGGUUUUCCAAGGAAUGUUCCUUCGGAAGUCGUCGCUCGUCCAUCGUGCCACCAACGGCACUGAGCGACCCUAGGGGCGAUGGCCAGCUAGUAGUAUCGCCUGACUUCUGGAAUCUCGACUGGCCACUGACUUGUUCCUGUCCCUUGCUCAUCUUCAUCAACUCUAAAAGUGGAGAUCAUCAAGGGAUCAUCUUUCUCCGGAAAUUCAAACAAUACCUUAAUCCGUCUCAAGUAUUCGACCUGGCGAAGGGUGGACCUGAAGCAGGCAUUGCUAUGUUCAAGAACUUUGCCCGUUUUCGUGUUCUGGUUUGUGGUGGAGAUGGCAGUGUGAGCUGGGUCUUGUCUACAAUUGAUGCCUAUGGAUUGCAUGAUAGGUGUCAGCUGGCGAUCAUCCCACUUGGAACUGGUAAUGAUCUCGCUCGUGUCCUUGGCUGGGGAGCAUUCUGGAGUAAAGGCACAUCACCACUGGAUAUUCUCAGCAGAGUGGAGCAGGCUCACGUGAGGAUUUUAGACAGAUGGAGUGUGAUGAUCCGUGAGACCCCCAGACAAGCCCCACUGCUGAAAGGACAAGUGGCAAUGGAUAUACCAAGAUUUGAGGCUGCUGCCAUCAAGAACGUAGAGUCUGCAACCACUGAGUUGAACAAAAUUCUGAAGGCCAAAUAUCCCACCGAGAUGGUCAUCGCCACAAGAUUCCUGUGCUCAGCAGUGGAAGAUUUUGUGGAAGAUAUUGUAAAGGCCUGGCACCAAAUAAAACAGAACAGCACAGCAGUGGAGUCUGUGAUUUUGAAAAGUGACUUAAUGUAUGAUAAACUCAGUGUCCUUAUUGAUCUCCUGGCUGAGGAUGCAGUAGCUGCCUCCGCUGAGAGGACAGCCACAGCAUAUGGAAGCAGAAGCAAAGCAGAUGGAAAACCCUUCGUGCCUAAACUAGACCACAUAGCAAGGGCCAAACUGGAGUUGGCUGAAAGGGCUCAGAAACUCCAGCAAUCCUUGAAACUCAUCAUAUUCCAGGUCGAACAAGUUCUGGAUGAAGAAAGCAGACAGAGCUUAUCCGUUAAGAACUUUACUUCAUCUUUGUUCCUGGGAGACGGAGACGACGACUCAGAUGACUAUGAUCAGAGCCCUAGACACCGUUCUCGUUGCGACAUCUUAUGUUCUAUACCUUCUUUGAGAAGUGAAGACCUAGAUAACCUUGACUUAGAACACUUACACAUUGCACCUGAAACGAUACGCUUCAAAGAAAAGUGUGUCAUGAACAACUACUUUGGAAUUGGACUAGAUGCAAAAAUCUCUCUGGAGUUUAAUUCCAGAAGAGAAGAACACCCAGAACAAUACAAUAGCCGCCUCAAGAACAAAAUAUGGUAUGGUCUUCUGGGAAGCAAGGAAGUACUGCAACGCUCUUACAGGAAAUUGGAAGAGCGAAUACACCUCGAGUGUGAUGGAGAACCUGUCUCCUUGCCAAACCUUCAAGGCAUCGUAGUGCUCAACAUUACGAGCUACGCUGGAGGCGUCAACUUUUGGGGAAGGAACAGAGCAACCACAGAAUAUGAUGUCCCUGCAAUCAAUGAUGGGAAGCUAGAGGUUGUGGCAAUCUUUGGUUCUGUGCAGAUGGCCAUGUCUCGUAUUGUCAACCUGCAACAACAUCGAAUUGCGCAGUGCCAUGAGGUGGUAAUAACUAUUGAUGGUGAAGACGGUGUCCCUGUGCAAGUGGAUGGGGAAGCCUGGAUUCAGAAGCCAGGCCUUAUCAAGAUUAAAUACAAGAAUGUUGCCCAGAUGUUGAUGAGAGAUAGGGACUUUGAGAACUCAAUGAAAAACUGGGAAUCUAAGCAUACUGAAAUCCAAGCUGUCCAACCACCCCACUUGGAUUUCCAGGAAUCUCAAGACAGCCUCUCUGAUGGAGAGUAUGCCCAGAUGCAGCACUUGGCUCGGCUUGCAGAAAACCUCAUUAGCAGACUUACUGACCUAAGCAAGGUCCACCAGCACGUGUCUGUCCUCAUGGAUUCUGUGAAUGCCAGUGCUAGCAUACUGAAUGAUGUGUUCUAUAGCCAAGACAGUGAUACCGAAGCAGGUGCAGCUUCCUGCAUUCCCAUUGAGACUCUAAGCAGAACUGAUGCAGUAGAUGUUACAUUUAGUCUUAAAGGGCUCUACGAUGACACCAAAGCUUUCCUGGAUGAAAACUUGUUGAGAGAUGCUGAGGAUCGGGACAUGCUACAAACUGCCUUGGAUGCCAUGAAUACAGAGUUAAGAAGGAUACUUGCAAUUGGCUGGUUGAGUCAAAUCUUCUUUCCAGAGGAACAGGCUUCUGACACUCGCAGUUUAAGUCGUAGGUUUAGAAUGAAAUUCCCCAAGCUGGGGAAGAAGAAACAACGAGAAGAGGGAGAAAAGCCUAAAUCAAGCCAAAGAUUCCCUGGUUUUCUUGGCAAGUUCUGGCGUCGCAGAAAUCGUAGCAAUCAAGCAAAAGCUGAUGACCCUCCAACACCUUCAAGUUCUCAACUAUAAUCCUUGAAAGCUGGAAGGAGAGCUCUCAACACAGAAUUCUACUAAAAACUCUCAAGACCUCAAGAAAGGCUGAACUAAAUUAUUUCUGAACAAACAUGAGCACCACCAAGAAAGACCCUCCAAAUCCUUAUACUAAUAUGUUUUCCCCGGACUUAAUCAGAUCACCUUAGAGGGUUACAUUUUUCUCGUUGGCCAAAGAUUCUUGUUCCGAGUUGUCUUGUUCAGUUCUUCUCGUCGUGUACCUUGGGCAACUACAGUGUUUAUUGGGGACAGGCUCUCUAUGAAUGGCCUGGGAGCUAUGAGAAUGUAUGGGAGUGCAUCUCGUUAGGAAAUAUUAGAAUGGGGGUCUUUCACUUGGAGAGAAACUGUUGACACCAAGGAAUAAAUGAGUGACCAACUCUCAGAAAGAUGAGGAAGGGGAAGGGUGUCUAGGCUUGGUUGUGUUUCUCCUCCAGUCCCUGCCAAUUGCAACUUGAAUUUCAAAAGAUGGCUCCUAGUUGGCUUAAGAAGAUGAGAACAAGGUCCUGGGGCUUGUCCACUCAUCUGUUACAAUGACUAUGUGAAUCUUUUCUUGUAGAUAUAGGACUCUCCUCUUCUCUCUUUUCUUUCUCCUCUCAUCUCAUUUCCUCUUCUCUCCUCUACCACCUCUUCUCUUCAUCUCUUCUCUCUCCUCUCACUUCUCUCUUCCUCCUCCACCUCCUUCUUCUCUCUAAUCUCUCUCCCUUUCUGUUUUCUUUCCUUUCCAUCUCCCCUUCUCCUCCACUUUCCUCUAUUACUCCUUAUCUCCCCAUAAACUCUUUGUGUUUUUCCAUGUGUACAUGUAUGUCUUUGCACAUGUCCAGGUGGUGCUCUCGUGGCUGGGUGGGCCCACUGGUUGGAACUCACCCCUCAUGGCAACCAUACAGGCUCCUGUACUUUUGCCUUGAUCCCAGCCUGCAUGUCUCCAUGGAGUGCUUGCCUGCAUUCUCGCUGGAUUUUUUAACUAAAUGUUUUGCCGCUGUGCUGCAGUAUAGAUUAUAUACAGAGACAUAAAGAUGUACAUAUAUAUACAUAUAUAUUUUUAAGAACUGAAAAUACAACUCGACCUCUAAGUGACCCUCUAAUUUAUUAUGAUAACCCAGGAAUCCCUCCUCAUCCCUAUUACCCUAUACACAUAUACACUCUACCAACUGCCCUAGUUCUUGGUGGAGCUUCUAAUCUUUUGGUGCAUUUUUUAGUGUCUUAGAAGUAGCUGGGGUCUAUAUAGCCCAGCUAAUUCUGACAUCCACUUCUGAGCCAGGCCACAGAAGGGGAACAAAAACACCAAUGCCCUGCCAAAAGGGCCCAGCUGGCAUGCUGCCAUUUAGCUCUGUUUCUCCUGGCUCUACAUCAGUAACUGCCCAAGCUAUAUCACCCUCCUCCCCAAUAAAAAGAUGACAAAGAGCUCUACCCUUUAAAUGUCUAAGUCAGGGUCUACCUGACAAUAAAACCACAACCCAUCCCCUUCCCCAAAAGCUUAAUCUGGGCCUGCAGCUAUUAGAUAAGCUGUUGGGUCACUCCUCAAAUUAUCUUCAAAUCUCAUAUCUUACCCCCCCCCCGAGUAUAAGAGGGGCAGUCAGAGUGACCAGAAAGAACAUUGAUCUGGGAAAACAAAGGCUAAAAGCCUCUGCUUCCCCACUGUUCUGCUUCCAAGGUGUUUUCAUGAACAUAGUUGGUCUAAAUUGCUCCAAUCUCAGUCAAGUAAAUCUGCUGAAAGUGCAGUGCUCAGAAAGAAUGCCUCUGGUCUGCCUCUCCUCUUCACCCUCAAGUCAUACCUUUUUGAACAAGUCCCUUCCCACUUAUCAAGAAAAAAAAAAUCCAGAAAACUGCCCUUUUCUCACUGCUCAGCCAAACUUAGCGUGCUCAAUUACCUUACUCAGUCCAAUGGCUGGUUUACUGAGGUGCACAAUCCAGACUUCGAUCACUGGUUCUUAACUUUCUAGAACACCACCAGCCUAACCCACUUAAACCAGCUGCCUGUGUUCCACCUCUUCAAGGGUGAGAAAAAGAGACUAACAAUGGGGUAGUCCCCAAACGUCCGAUAGCUGUGCCAAACAACAACAAAAAAAAUGUCCUAGCUCUACAACUGGAGAAGAAAUUCAAUGGGAAAAGACGACAGAAAACGUGUAAGACUCAAAUAACAGAAUUUGUACUUGUUGACAGUGUAUGUAUUUGAGGGGAGUGCUGUUGCAGUGUCUCUGGUUUUCUCUUAUGCCUCUUUCUUCCCAGGAGGAGGUAUCAGAUCAAACCACCAAGGUUCCUCCUUGGUUGCAGGAAUGAAUACCUGCACAGACACAUUCACAGAGUUGGGAUCCAUCUUAAAUUUUCUCAGAAGAGUCUUUUCCAAGGAUCAUUUAUAAAUAAGCAAAUUUAAGGAAACAGAAGGAAAUCUUAGGAAACCGUAGCCUUAUCUUGGUAGUGACUAAGCAGGGCUAUGUCUUGUAAUUAUUUUUAUCACAAUGAUAGUCAACUGGAACAGGACCCCAUCUCUGCCUAUUUUGCUGAAGUACUACUGUAGGUCUUUGUGUACUGCAAUGCUGCUGUUGCUCUGUUGUACCAUCUGAAUUCCCACUCACUUUCCCUGUCCCCCCACCUGAGUCAGAGUGCUAUUGAAUGACACCCAUAGGAUGGGGACUUGAACCAAAUGUGGAGCAAAACUGAUAAGCUAAGAAACCAACUUGGCUUGUUAAAAUGGUCCAGAUAUCAUCUAAAUUGCUUAGUUACCAAUUUCUUUUCCUGAGAAAGGAAGAUGACAUGCUAAGAACUUGUUCACACAUCUACAAAGUAAGAAGGGAUCUCCCUCCCUCUCUCCCUUCUUUCCUCCCUCCCUCCCUAGCUACCUACCAUCUCCCCCUCUCCUCUCUCUUUCUCUCUCCCCCACUUUCUCUGAAGUUAACUUAGCCCCUAAGAACAUGGGCUCCUUUCAAGAUUUCAUUGUUGACUAUUUGAAGAACUACAGUUGUUCAGGUGGUGGGACUGGAAACCAAGUAUCUGCCAGAGUUAUGUACAGAAAUCAUUAAGAGUCAAAACUCUGGGGUUUGAUUGUGUCUUUGGUAGUACUUUCUGCAGAAUUGAUUGAAUGGCUAAUUCUUGGCCAGAAGGACAUUAGGGAAGGAAAAAUCUGAAUAGAGUUAAGGUGCCACCAACCACUUCUGGCAUUGAUACUAUAGGAGGUCACCAGCUAUCCUAUAAAGCCCUCUGUUACACCAAAGAAGGUUAAGAGAAGGAUAAAAAGUAAUAAAAGGUGGCCAGAAGAAAUUUGGGGGGAUCAGCAUCAUCUUCCCACAGGACACAGUAGAAUUUUAGUUGUAUAACAUAUGGAAACUAUUACCAAAGAGAUCAGACCUCAUUCAUACUUUCCCAUUGGAUAAAGGACCUUGAUUGGCUUUAUGGUUAUGGAGUUGCAUUCGUCUGCUAAUCUGUAAUACAUUGUUGCUUUCUAUUCUGUGUUCUGUGUUUUCUCAAAGGCCCUGCAAAAUAAGUAGCAGGGCCAGGGCCUGGUUAGGGGAGGAGGCUGGAAUAGUCAUGGAAUAACAGAAAAAAAUGCAGAAGGAAAAGAUCCACAAAGUGUGCCUAUUCCUUUUAGCCCUCCCCACAAAGUGGAACACCAGUCCUCACAGUUGUAAUUGCUUCUUAAAAUAUUUUAAUAAAUGGAUAAAUAGCA